AUGCGCGCUUUGCUGAAACAGCAGCAGCAGAAACACCAGAUUGCCGAUGCCAAGGGAAUCGUCUUGUUAGAGCAAAAGAAACGGCAAGAGGAAGAAGACCAAACCAUAGCUUUAAGGUGGCAAUGGAGUAAAGCAUUUAGGCAGUUACGCAACCAAGAGUCGGCUCUGCUUAAUGAGACGAAACAAAUACUUGCAUCCCACGACCUGUUCAAUGGUAGGCACAAAGAGAACUCACUCGGCCUGGAACGACACAGGCGGCGACAGAAAGCCUGCUCUACACAAUUAACAAAUUUUUUUCUCAAUUUAAAAACUGCAGGAGAUGAUUUAAGUAUACCACCAGCAGAACGGGCAAAAACAACCUUGCUAACUUCGGAUAGCCUCCUUACAUUAUUCAAUGCUCUACGCACACAGAAGUGGGACCAACUGCAUGCGCUACUUUCUUCUGGUAUAGCCUCGCAUUCUUUCAGGGCAGCAGAGUGCACCACAGAUAUCGCGCUUUCCCCACAUCGCGCUUUUGGCUGUUUUGCGGGAUUGCAGUGCAUCUAUUCCUCAUUGCUACAUCUUUUGAAACAGUCCAUUCUUACACCCAAGGGAGUAUCCGCUGACCACAAAAUCACAGCUUCAAACGCUGCGAAGAAGGGAAAUGACACAGAGCGCCUCCCUCAAAAUGACGGGUCACAAUGCGCAUGGUUACAACAACCCUGGCAGAUUGCCCGAUGCUUGCUACAAGUUUUGCACUCGGUUCUGCAGAGGGAGGGAAUGCUGCUAGGACAGCGCUACACAGCUGCAGAAAAAGAAGCUUCUUCUGCGAUUGCCAGCUUAAGAGACGCACAGAUUCUCCCUCAGGAGCCAGAGGCGUUUUUGCGCCACCCCAAGCACUGUCAAACACAAUACCAGGGAGAUUGGCAGGGUCUUAGUGACGCAGAAGACGCUGUACUUCGCGGUGAGGCCCCUCAGGUGCGCGCACUGGCCAAAGCGGCUACAGUCCUAGCAGAUAUUGAGAGGCAAAUGGAGACGGAGGCAGCAGGAAGACCCCAUGCAGCAUCAGACGAUCUUGGUGCACUCUCAACUCUCCCCCUUGCUGGAAGAGAUAGGCACCUCGCUGCAAUCUCUCCAAGAGGGCAUGCUGGCACUGGCUUAGCAACUAGAGGGACCUCAGUACAUGGGAGUCUUACUUGUGCUUUGUGGACGGGUUUGCUGGACGACUAUAGCAAGCGACUGUUGCAGCUGGAAGGGCAGCACGCAAAAGAGUUGCAGCAGUACCGCUGCCACGUGCUCCAGUAUAACCGGGCAUUGAAAGCAGCAAUUGCUGCCCUUCUGCACAGUUCCGCCCUCAAGAAACAAAAAGCUGGAAAGGAGCCGAUGAGGCUUUGGGGUAAACUCAUCGAUCAAAAAGUCGGUGGCGAUUCAGCCAUCCCUGUGGACCCUGAAACGCAAAUUCAGUCUGUCUCACUCCCACAGCAGUGCGGGCUAUACAGUCUUGCCACAAAGGAGGGGCAGGAUGAAGAAGCGUAUCUCUCUUUUUCAGCUGACUCGCCCUCAAUCCAUGCAAUUGGUAACCUUGCUUCAAGCGGUCCGGUGGAGUCUCUGGACUAUGGGGAGGGAGGGCAAAAAGGAGAUGAAGAAGACAAUGAACGAGCCACAAAUGCAGUUGCUGCUGCACUGACCACCGUUAGAUGGCUGUGGGCUUCAGUAAAGGCCGAUCAAGGAAGUGGCAAACGAUUCACUCCCGCUUUGAUGCAGCGGCUGCGACUGGCCUUCCCACAGGCGGCUUUGGAUGAACUGCGAGUCGUUUGCGGGACCCUGCAGCAGCUCAGCCUCCUGCAACAACGACAGCUGACCUGCAUGCGGGUGUGGGUGGAAAAGCGUCAGCAGGAGCUACAUAGGGUGCUUCGUGAGCUUGAUCAAGAAGUGAAGAGGCAGCAAGAUGGCAUAGAGAGCAGUAAAGCAUCUCUAGUGCUAUGGAAACGCCGCAUGCAGCUUUCCUUUCAGCUGGAGGAGCACAGGAAGAGGCAAGCACAAGAAGAGCGCCAGCGUGCUGCAGCACAGAAAGCUGCACGCGAGGCAAUGCUAGCCAGAGAAAACAAAAGUAAGCACAGAGAACAGCUGAGAAGGGCACACGAGAAAAGAAGAAUUGCGGAUUUCCGACAGCGUAGGCUGUUGGAGGCGCAACAGCAGAACACUAAAGUAGCAGAGGAGGCACAGGGAGCUGCAGCAAUUACACCCGAGAUGAAGCUGUUGAGUGCAGCCCGGGUUGCUCGGCGACGGGAACAGUACAGCCUACGUGUAUUGGAGCAGCAGCUCCAGCAGCAAGAACGACAACUGCAAGAGGAGCUGCUGCACAAGAGGCUAGCUCUGGCAGCAGAUAAGUUGAAGCCUGCAAUAGAUCGUGACCCUAUGCGCCUGCAUUGGCACACUGCAUCCUCUCAGUCCCAUAUCAAUGCCGGGGUGCAACAACGCCAAAAGCACCAGGAGACGCUCCAGCGACGACUGGAGAGCUUUCGUGUAGAGCACACCUACAGCUGUGAUACACUAAUGCAGGACCUCCGCUUUAGGCUGAGUGUUGCAUUGGCAGAAAAGCAGUUAACUUCAACGAAAGCAGCACAAGAACUACUCUCCAGUAUGAGUAAAAGGAACGAAAACACGGGACAAGUUUUGCCGCCUUAG